UUGUCACUACGUAAUGGCAGCAAUCUGAAAGAUAAGUCUCAACCAAUAUCGGUAGAGAAGUUAGCAACUUCACUAUAUCUUCUUACCGUGCACAGUCCAGAGUUAGUCAUGGAGGAGGAGAAGGAGGAGGUGAAGAGACCCAGCAAAGCUCGUGUCCUGGUCCUCCCUUACCCUGCGCAGGGCCACAUCAGUCCGAUGCUCCAGUUCGCCAAGCGCUUAGUCUCCAGAGGUGUCGGAGUGACUCUUGCGACCACCGUCUUCGUUGCCAAAUCCAUGCACGCUGCCCCAAACGACUCCGUCGGCAUCGAGACUAUCUCAGACGGAUUCGACGAAGGCGGGUCUGCACAGGCAGAGAGCAUUGGGGCUUACUUGACGAGCCUCCAAGCCGUUGGAUGGAGAACACUGGUGGCACUAAUCAAGAAGCUCGACAGUUCGGGGGAUCCCAUCGACGCUGUCAUCUACGACGGCUUCCUUUCUUGGGCGCUUGAUGUGGCGAAGCAGUUUGGGAAGUUAGGAGUGGCGUUUUACACCCAAGCUUGUGCCGUGAACAGCAUCUAUUACCAUGCGCACCAAGGCCUCCUUCCGCUUCCGCUGCCGGGGACGACAAUUUCGCUUCCCGGGUUGCCGCCUCUCGAGCCAGCGGAGACCCCGUCAUUCCUGUACAUCCCGGGGUCGUACCCGGCUUUCUUCGACUUGAUCGUGAAUGAUCAAUUCUCGAAUGUUGAUGAAGCGGAUCUGGUGCUGUAUAACUCAUUCUAUGAGUUGGAGAACGAGGUCGUAGACCAUUUGGCCAAGCUCUGGCCACUGAAGACGGUUGGCCCAGCAAUUCCAUCAAUCUACUUGGACAAGAGACUGCAGGAUGACAAGGACUAUGGCAUCAAUCUCUUCAAGCCUAACACACAGGUCUGCCUGAGCUGGCUCGAUGACAAGCCCGCCAAUUCGGUCAUCUACGUAUCGUUCGGAAGCAUGGCUGAGCUAGACACUUCCCAGAUGGAAGAGCUUGCACGGGGCUUGAAAAACUCCAACAAACACUUCUUGUGGGUGGUCCGGGACUCGGAGAUGGCAAAGCUCCCUCCUGGGUUCGCGGAGCAGAGUUGCUCGGAGGUGGGGCUCGUUGUGCCGUGGGGCCCGCAGCUGGAGAUCUUGGCCCACGGGUCGACUGGGUGCUUCGUGACGCACUGUGGAUGGAACUCGAUCCUCGAGGCUCUGAGCCUCGGGGUGCCGAUGGUGGCGAUGCCACAAUGGACAGACCAGGGCACAAACGCGAAGUUCGUGGAGGACGUUUGGGGAGUGGGGGUCAGGGUUUCCAAGGACGAAGAUGGGACCAUCGCGAGAGGAGAGAUAGAGAGAUGCAUAAGGGAAGUGAUGGAGGGAGAAAGGGGGAAAGAGAUCAAGAGAAACGCAGAGGAAUGGAGGAAGUUGGCCAAAGAAGCAGUUGACGAAGGGGGGAGCUCGGACAGGAAUAUCAAUGAUUUUGUGGGUAAAUUAGUUAGCUUGACCUAAGGUUCAUCUUAUGUUAGACUCGACUUGUUCUCAUAAGACCAAAGUUAUGAACCUAUGAUGAUAUCCAAAAUCUUCAAAUGAUCUGAUUUCUGAA